CGGCUGCCCAGGAUCUCCGGUACCAGAUAACCCAGCCCGUGUCCCUGUCGGCGCCAGCCAGGGGCUCCGUCACCCUGCCCUGCGCCUUCACCUACCCCCGCGACAUCAAGCCACUACGGGACGUCCAGGUUUACUGGAGACGGGGGGGGGACCAUGGCGAGUUUAUCUACAAUCACACUGAGGGGUUCACCCACCCGGAUUACGGGGGCUGCAUCGUCCUGGUCGGGGACCCACGGGGGAACCGAACGGCCUCGAUCUGCAUCGACCGGCUGCGGGAGUCGGACGCCAGCGAGUACGUCUGCCAAGUCAGGGUGCAGAAGAAUGAUGGCAAAUGGGAGCAAUGGCGCGGUGUCCCUGGGACCCACCUCACGGUGACAG